AUGACUCAAACCCCUAACCACGAGCUUACCAGAAGUGAAAUGACUUUGUCGCACCCACUUCUCUAUGUCGCAACCUCGGAGGAUGUUUUGGUCGACUUCGAUGGGCAAGAUGAUCCGUAUCGUCCCAUCAACUGGCCUUUCCGAAAGAAGGCAAGGACAACAAUCUUAUACGGAAUGACAACAUGCUGGAUCACCUUUGCGUCCGCCAUCUAUUCGGCUGGCAUGGAGCAGAUCUCGCAUGAUUUCGAUGUCUCGACAGAAACCUCCACGGCGGGUAUCAGCGUGCUGGUCUUUGGCCUUGGCUUGGGGCCAUUGAUUUGGGCCCCUCUGAGCGAGAUCUACGGCCGGAAAUGGGUGAUCAUUGCGCCUUAUUUUAUCGCCGCGAUCUUUUCGUUCGGGACAGCGACGGCCAAGGACAUCCAGACCUUGCUGAUUACCCGCUUUUUCUCUGGAUUCUUCGGCAGCUCUAGCGUGGCAGUCACGGGUGGCGCCAUGGCAGAUAUAUGGCCCCCCGAGCACCGCGGCGUGGCUAUAGUCGUCUACUCGAUCACUCUCGUCGGCGGACCGUGUCUCGGCCCCAUCAUCGGCGGGGCCUUGACGUCCAGCUAUCUUGGCUGGCGCUGGACGGAAUAUCUGACAGGCGUCCUGAUGAUAACCCAAUUCGUGCUAGACGCGUUUCUGCUCGAAGAGAGCUAUGCACCCGCAUUGUUGGUACGGAAGGCGCGUCGCCUGCGACUUGAAGGCAAGAAUUGGGCUUUGCAUGCAAAGCACGAAGAAUGGGAUAUCUCCGUCUCUGAGCUGUCCAAAAAAUACCUGAUUCGUCCUUUCCAAACACUGGGUACGCCAAUCGGCCUACUCAUGUCGACAUUCGGGUCUUUCGUUUACGCCAUCCUAUAUGUGAACCUUGAGAGCUUCGCGAUCGAAUUCCAGGAGCGUCGUGGCUGGGGUCCAGUUACCGGGAACCUGCCGUUUAUCGCCCUUCUCGUCGGGAUCUUCUUUGCCGGCCUGACCAACGUCUACAACAAUCGAUAUUACUUCAAGCAACUCCGAGCAAACAACGGCAAGCCCUUGCCCGAGGCCCGGCUGCCUCCGAUGAUGGUCGGUAGUUUCGCGUUUGCUGGGGGCUUGUUUCUUUUCGGAUGGACUUCGUCGCCGGCAAUCAACUACUGGCCGUCACUCAUCGGGAUCGCAUUCACGGGGUUCGGAUUUACCACGAUCUUCCAGAGCUCGUUGAACUACCUGGUCGACACUUUCACCCGCUUCAGCGCCAGCGCGAUCGCAGCGACCACCCUAUUACGGUCCAUGAUGGCGGGCGCAUUCCCCCUGUUCGUGAAGCCGAUGUUCGACCGCAUUGGGGUGGACUGGGGCAUCACGGUCUUUGGCUGUAUCGCAGCAGUCUUGAUCCCGGUGCCGUUCCUUUUCUUUGCCUGGGGGAAGCGAAUCCGCGCGAAGAGUCACCGGGGCAGUCCCACGGUAUGA